AAUAAAUAAUAAUAGUAUAAUACAUAGUACAUACAGUAGUAGUCAUUGUACAUACUUUUUUGUAUAAUUGUGUUUAUGACGUUAAUUAUGUAUGCUCGUUGCUUGCGUACUUAUAAUAAUUUAGUUUGACGGUUUGUACAUACCGCUGAAGUACUGCGGUGGCGCGGCGCUGCACGAAUGACUAAAUAAUAAUAAUACAUAUGUUAAUAAUGUGUAGUAAAUAAUAUUUGUCGAGAACAAUAAUUGCACCUUAAAUUUCUUGAUUACCCGUGGGGUCGAAACACUCGAAACCCUACUCGGCGACUCAACAGUUAAGCUCAUCGUUCAGGCUACUUUUAUCAGCUUUGAACAGUAAGAACACCGAACUUUUUACCGUAGGUACUACCCCAUAUUGUAGUACCUAGUCAGUUAUAGGUAGCCGCAGUCCAUCAAUUCGUUCCCGCAAAAGUUUAUUUUUUAGCCAACUUAUUAUUAUUAUUCCAAUAUUUAAUUAGACGACGACGAUAAUAUUAUAUUUUAUUAACUAUUAAACUCUCCGUGUAUGCGCGCGCGCACCUGAUUUCGGUUUAUGUCCUUGUAUGAGUGUGCGUACGUUAUAUUUGUCUAUAGUCUAAAUGUCUAAUAUAGUCUAUGUGCGGUGGUUGGUCAGUGGUCACCAUCACACCGUCGCCAUCUCGAUGCACACGUCGUUUUAAUCUUUAAUUACUUCCAACAUUGUGUCUGGGGAGUAUAAUAUUAAGUUACUACUGUGCGAUUGCCUGUGUGCCGGGCUUUUGCGGAUAUGUCUUCCGACAGACAACCAGAGCUGGGGACCAGCCAACGAUGGGAGGCACGCGCCAGGGUCGAUUUCCCAUUGCAUUAUUUGAUAUGGUUGCGUGAACAUAAACUACUAGAGGAGAAGCUGGACGUGGUCAGUUCCAAUCAACUCCCCACCAGUCAGAAUGAACUAGAAAAACUAGAUCCCAGAGGUCGUACUCCAUUGAUGUUAGCCAUAACAUUAGGUGACAUGGAAUCAACUAAAUUAUUAAUUAACAGAGGAGCUAACGUCAAUGUAAAGAACGAUGAAGGAUGGACUGCAUUGCAAGAAGCAAUUGCUACAGGUGACCCAGAAAUGGUCAAGCUUGUAAUGGAACACAGAGAUUAUCAACGUCAUUCAGAUCGAGCUACUGAUGUUUCAAAACUGUUAAAGCUACUCGAAGAAUCACCUGAUUUCUAUGUAGAAAUGAAAUGGGAAUUUAUUAGUUGGGUUCCACUAGUUUCAAGAAUGUGUCCAAGUGAUACCUAUAAAAUAUUUAAACAGGGAUCUAAUGUGCGAAUUGAUACCACAUUAUUGGGUUUUGACCAGGGUAAUUGGGAACGUGGAAAUUUGAGUUACAUAUUUUUGGGUCAAACUGCAACGCUUUUCAAAUCAGAACGAACAUUCAUAUUUCAACUUAAAAAAGGUAAAUCAGCUACAUUUUUAGAAGUAGAUCAUGAAGCACACAGGGUAUACGUAGAAGAAAUACAAAUGAUACCUUUGGAUCAGGGUAUUGAAGUUAUGCGUCCAUCAGAUGAUACAAUAGCCAGCAGAUUGUCUGCUCCUAUUGUUAGUUUUGAUAUAGAUACUAAAAAAAUUAGUUUUGAAAGAAAUAAAAGUGGUAUUUGGGGAUGGCGGCAAGAUAAAUCAGAAAUAAUUAGUGAUUAUAAUUGUAAAGUAUUUAAUGCUAGUAAUGUGGAAUUUGUUACCAAGUCAAGAACAGAACAUAUGAAUGAAACUGAAAAAGCAAAAUUAAAUAAUACAAAAAAUCCUAUCCAAUCAAUUUUAGGCUCAAGUGAAGAAACAUGUCCAGUUAAAUCAGAACUUGAAGUUACUAUGGCUGAAUAUUUUGAUGAAUUGGUCGAUAUUAAAGGCAAAUAUAUACGGAAGCCAAUAGAGCAAACUACUAAAGUUACAAAAAUCAAGGCUAAUUUAUGGCUUAGUGAAGAUUACCCACUUAGUCUGAAAGAACAGAUCAUGCCAAUCGUUGAUUUAAUGGCAAUUACGAGUUCUCAUUUUGCCAAACUAAAGGAUUUUAUUGAAAUGCAGCUCCCAUCAGGAUUUCCUGUUAAAAUUGAAAUACCAUUGUACCAUAUUUCUAAUGCCCAAAUUACAUUUGGUAAUUUAUUUGGGACAGAUAAAGCUAUAGAAGGUGUUCAAACAUUAGAUUCUAAUGGAAAAAUGUUCUGCGUAGUUGAAGAUUCUGUAUUUUUUCCACCCAGAAGUUAUGUAGUUCUUGGUGCUGAACAAAGACGUCAAAUUGGUAUGGACAAUGAUGAAGAACUACUUCAAUUUGCUGUUCGACAGAGUCUUUUAGAAACUGGAGCCGAAGAAGAUCAAGUUGAUAUUUGGGAAGCUUUACAAGUUCAACGACCAAAUACUCCCAAUGACCUCUAUAUUGAUCCAGCUGAUGAAGAAUUACAAAGAGCAAUCCAUGCAAGUUUGACCGAGUGUACAUUUGUGCCUGCGGUUUCACAAUCAGAUGCUCCAGAUUUAGUUGACAAUGCAACGGCUGAUGAUGCUGAUGCUGAUCUUAAAGCAGUGUUGAGGUUAUCAAUUGAAGAAAAAAGACAGGCUGAACUACAGGUACAAAUGGAAGAAGAAAUGUUAGAAAAAAUUUUACAACUAUCUCUGACCGAAAAAUAAUGUGUAUUUUUAUUUAUUAUAACUUGUUAUAAUACUGUUUUACUUUCUGUGUACCAUUUAAAAUGUACAAAAUAAUUACAAAUUGAAUGACAAUUGUAAGAUAGUAAAUUAACAAUUAUAAAGAGUUUAAAUUUAGAUAUAUUUUUAUAUUACCGAAAUAUUUUUGAUUUAAAUACGAGUAUGUGCAAUAUAAUUUGCCUAAAAUGGGUAAUUGUGUGUAGUGAAU